AUGGUGCCCACCGUUUACGGCACGAGCUCCUUGGCUUCGGACGAGCGACUGACUAAUCAGACUUUUACUAGUCGUCGUACCUAUGUCAAGUGGGUACUCGUUGGACUGGCGGCAUGCGGGAUCUGCAGUGCUGUAGCCGUCAUGGGGACUCGUAGUGGUUCCCUAUCGUUCAAUGUAGCAGCUGCAGUGCUUCGCUCAACGAUUCAGAAAGCACCGAGUAGCUCUGGGAACACGGCCACGGUAGGGGAUAUGGAUGCGGUGACAUGUUUCCAGAGUUCCUACGUUGACAAUGUCACCCGCAUGAUGGAACCGAUUACUGGCUUAAAGUGGACACGCGGCAGAAAGAUGGAUUCCUCGUCGUUCAUUUCAGUGGAUCUAGACGUCAAGUACCAAGAGCUCAUGGGCUUUGGAGGAGCGUUUACAGAAGCAGCAGCACUGCAGUUUGAGAAACUACCGUUUCAGAAACAGGAAGAGAUCUUGACGCUGUAUUUCGACCAGGAGAAGGGCAGUGCGUACACUUUCGGCCGCGUUCCAAUGGGAUCGUGCGACUUUUCCGUCUCCUCGUACAACUUUGAUGACGUACUGGACGACGAACAAUUGCUGCACUUUGACAUGAGCGUCAAACACGAUCAGCACGUGUUGAUUCCACUCAUCAAGCGUGCGCUAGCACGGCAGCCAGAAAUGAAGUUGUUCCUGGCACCGUGGAGUCCUCCUUCCUGGAUGAAGCUAGGUGGCGACGCGUACGUUCCUAGUAUGCUCGGGUCGAUGACUCCUGCAGGCUUGAAAGCUGACAUGCGAGCAAGUUGGGCAUUGUAUUUCUCGAAGUUUAUCACUGCGUACAAGGAGCAAGGUAUCCCGUUCUGGGGUCUAACUCCACAGAACGAGCCCGAGUUUGCUGCACCAUGGGAGGCUUGCAAGUAUAAUGCGUCAUAUCAAGCUGACUUCAUUGGCGAUUUCCUUGGCCCUGUCUUGAGCCGCGACCAUCCCGAGAUUACUCUUAUGAUCUUUGACCACAAUCGCGACACUGUUCAUCAUUGGGCUGAGACAAUUUACAACCACCCCACCGCUUCCAAGUAUGUGGAUGGAAUAGCCUUCCAUUGGUAUGACAUGGAGCGUUUCAUGGACGGCGUUGCUUACCACGAGCACCUGAAUGACACGCACUUUGUCGACCAGAAUCGCUUCAUGUUGGCUUCAGAGAGUUGCAACUGCCCCGGUGUUGCUCAUGGCAAUGAAGCGUGGUUCCGAGCGCAACGCUAUGGUCAUGACAUUAUAAUGGACUUGAACAACUACGUUGCUGGAUGGGUGGACUGGAACCUGUUGCUUGACCACACGGGUGGACCAAACCACAAGGGUAACAAUUGCGACGCCCCCAUCAUCUUGACAAAGGACGGCAAGGACUUUAGUAUCCAGCCUAUGUACUAUUUCAUCCAGCACUUUUCCAAGUAUAUUCCGGUUGGCUCUCGCCGCGUCAAGACUGAAGUAUCAGUCCGCUUUUCUGAGCCCGGUGAUGCACAGCUCAUGUGGGCAUACCCGACCGCACUUGGAACGUGCGAUGGCAGCUCACGCCAAACGAUCCACAGAACCGAUGAUAACAAGAUGCAAGUGACGGGAUCGGACUUCUGUUUGGGUAUGAUCGAUGACGAGAAGCAAGGCAAAGAGAUCCAAAUGGUGGAAUGCCGGUACACACAGCAAUCGUGGACGUUCGAAGAGGAAACGGGACGCAUUCGUGUGGGCAAUUUCUGCUUGUCUCUCAACCACGGCUCCACCGCUAACGGCACGCGGGUCGUCGCGGUCCCCUGUAAAGGCCAUGCUGAUCCCCACCAGCAGUGGCUAUUCAAUAAGGAAGACGGCACUCUGCGCUCGCAAGCAUCAACGACUGACCAGUGUGCGACUGGAGGGUACUCGUUCGUGCAAGCCACUUCGUUCGUAACCCCUGAGGGUCACAAGGUGCUGGUCGUGAUGAAUGAAAACACAGAGUCAGCCGGCUUUGAGAUUCAAGUUGGUGACAUGACGCUGGAGACGACGAUCCCGAAGGGCGCCAUUCGCACCUUUACCUGGAUCUAA